AUGUCAAUCGAUAAGUCAUGGAUUGGAAAACCACGAACCACGCAUGAGUAUAAAGAUGGUUUAAACAAGUUUUUAGAUUUUGCUUUUGAGCAUCGAUCUCUCGCAGGUCGUCAGAUUAAAUGCCCUUGUCCGGUGUGUGGUUUUGGCAAGUGGCAAACAAGAGAGAAAGUUUUUGAACAUUUAAUAGUCAAGCCAUUUCCAGAAAACUACAAAGUUUGGUAUUGGCAUGGUGAAGAAGUAGUUGGAGUUGGGUCACAAGUUCAUCAAACUAGUCACAUUGUACAAGAUGAUUCGACGUCUCAGCAUCCAAUGGUAACAAUGCUCAAUGACGCGUUUAGAGUUGCUGGACCUGACUUGAAUGAAGAUGGAGAUGGAGAUGAAGACAACAUAGAAGAUGGAGAUGGAGACAAUGCAGAAAAUGAAGAGCACAAUGGAGAAAAUAUAGAAUUUUACAAGUUGUUAGAAGAUGGCAAUGAACAAUUGUAUGAAGGGUGCACAAAGUAUUCAAAAUUGUCUUUCUUAAUUAGUCUGUAUCACAUAAAGUGCUUAUAUAGAAUAAGCGACAAAGCCAUGACCGAAAUUCUCAAGUUAUUAAAAGAUGCCUUUGGAAAUGCAAAGAUUUCAAAUACAUUCUAUGAGGCCAAAAAAACCAUAAAUAAACUAGGGCUUAAUUAUACCAAGAUACCUGCUUGCCCUAAUGACUGCAUGUUAUAUUGGGGGGAGGAUGAAGAUUUGCAAGAAUGCAAAAGAUGCAAGACAUCUAAAUGGAGCGAUGCUAAAAAGAAGAAACCAGCAAAGAUCUUGCGAUACUUUCCACUAAAACCGAGACUUCAACGAUUAUUCAUGUGUUCUAAGACUGCUCAAUCAAUGCAAUGGCAUCCUUUGGCAGAAAAGAAAGAUUCGAAGAUGAGGCAUCCGCGGGAUUCUGAAGCUUGGAAGACAUUUGAUUUACUUCAUGAUAGGUUUGCCGAAGAUCCUCGAAAUGUACGUCUUAGUCUUGCAGCUGAUGGAUUCAACCCCUUUGGAGCUAUGCGUACAAACUAUAGCGUUUGGCCAGUGGUGCUUAUUCCAUACAAUCGGCCUCCAUGGGAGUGCAUGAAGCCAACAUCACUUAUCUUGUCAAUGAUUAUUCCUGGAGAGAAAAUGCCGGGGAACAACAUAGACGUAUACUUACAACCUCUUAUUAAAGAGUUAAAAGAGUUGUGGUAUGAUGGUGUUCAAACAUUAGAUAGGUUUAGGAAUGAAAUGUUUACAUUGCGAGCAGCAUUAAUGUGGACAAUUAGUGAUUUUCCAGGCCUUGGUAACUUAUCUGGGUGGAAUGUACACAGUAAAUAUGCUUGUCCUACAUGUAACUUCAGCACUGAUUCAUAUAGAUUAAAGCAUGGUGGAAAAUGGUGUUUUUUGGGGCAUCGCCGUUUCUUAGAAAGGGGUCAUAAGUUUAGGCUAAGUCGUGCAAAAUUUAAUGGAAAAGUUGAGUUGAGGGAUCCCCCAGCAGUACUAACAGGAUCAGAAAUAUUGGAACAACUUGAAGGAAUCAAUGUUUCAUUUGGGAAAGAACUACAUGAAAGUAAAGGUAAGAGGAUUCGACGAAAAGUUGUUGAAGAAGAUGAUGAAUCGGGGAUGUGGAGGAAGAAAAGCAUAUUUUUUUAUCUUCCUUAUUGGGAGUCUAACUUAUUGCGCCAUAAUCUAGAUGUUAUGCACAUUGAAAAGAAUGUUUGCGACAAUGUAUUAUACACUUUGCUCAAUGAGACAGGAAGGUCAAAGGAUAAUCUCAAAGCUCGUAAGGAUCUUAAAGAAAUGGGUACAAGGAAAAAUUUAUGGCCAGAUGAAAAUGGGAGAUAUCAUCCAUCUUUGUUCACAAUGUCAAAUUCCAUGAAAGAUAUAUUCUUGCGUACUAUAAAGAAUAUUAGAGUACCAGAUGGUCUCUCGAGUAAUAUUUCACGGUGUGUUGACCUGAAGCAAAGAAAGCUUUCUGGAUUGAAGAGCCAUGAUUGCCACGUUCUUAUGCAGCAACUAUUACCCAUUGCCAUACGUAAUGUGCUGCCAGAUAAAGUUACUGCAGUGCUAAUAGAGUUGUCUUCAUUCUUUCAACAGUUGUGCUCUAAAAGCUUAAGUCUUACAGAACUUGAGAAGCUCCAACCUCGAAUUAUCCUUACCCUUUGUCAUUUAGAAAUGUUGUUCCCUCCUUCUUUCUUUACAAUCAUGGUUCAUUUAACUUGUCAUCUAGUUGAUGAAGCAAAAUUCGGAGGACCAGUACACUAUAGGUGGAUGUAUCCUAUUGAGAGGUAUUUAGGUCAUUUGAAGUCCUAUGUACGAAACAAAGCUAAAUCAGAAGGUUCUAUAGCUGAGGGAUACGUGGCUGAAGAAGCUCUUACAUUUUGCUCUCGAUACUUAAAAUAUCAACACAACUUUCACAGGUUCGUUUCUAUGUUGACAGAAGAGACGGGAAAAGAAGUUAGUAGGGUUCAAAUGUGGGACAUCACUCACAAGAAAACAGAUGGAAGUUAUGUUAAUGAAAAGGCUAAAGAAAUAGCUAAGAAGAUUGAAGCAUAUAGCAGUCAACAAGCGGUGGAAUCAACCGUUAAUUCUCCUCUUGAUGAUGCUCUUGGAGUAGUUCUUGGGAAAGAGCACCCUGGUCGUGUUCGAGGUUUAGGCAUGGGAGCUGUUCCAACUGUUGCUUUCAAGAACAACACCACAAGAAUUAGUCAGAUGAACUUAGGUUCUUCAAAUGAUGCUAGCACAUCAUCUACUUGUGGUUCUAAUGUGCAAAAAGAGCUGGAUACCGUUAAAGCGCAGUUGCAAGCAUUAGUUUCUUAUAUUGCUUUUAAGGAAGGAGGUAAAAUUCCAGUAGAAUUAGCUGGAAUGUUUCCUACUCAACAAAUUUCACAGGGAUUGGAUCAAGAGAGUGAGAUUCCAUCACCAAGAGAGUUAGGAAGUAGGUCUUCUGGAGCGAGCAACAAAGAAGCAUGA